AUGCCAUUACAAGACGUAUCAAAUGAUCCGACAAUGAUCGACUGGCUUCGCCAGUCUGGCCAUGCACAUGUGCUUGAUGAACGACUUCUAAAUCCUAAUGUUUCGGCGUCUCCACCACCAUUCAAUAUUCCAUAUGGACAAUCAACAUCAUUAUCUUCUCCAAUACAUGGUUUUAAUAUGGGUUAUACUAGUAGUAGUCCUCAAAUAAAUUCUGUCAAUCGAUCAUCAUCAUUUCUUCAACCACCUUAUCAUUCAACAUCAAGUUAUGAAGGCGCUGCUCAUCCAUUAUCACCACUAUUAGUAGCUCCAUCAUACGGUCAUCAAUCAAGUCCUAUACAUUUUACUUCAUCUCCUACACAAUUUCUUUCACCUGAUACGAAUCGACAACAAAUUGAUGCUGAUAUUGAAAAUAUGAAACGUGAUCCAAAUACCCGUGUUCUUCAACGUCCUCCACAAGAAGAUGUUGUUUACAAACAACGAGUCUUUGUGAGAUAUUUACAACCCCCAACACCACCUGUUGGUGGAACUAUUAUUGUUAUCAAGCGUGCUCCACCUGCACCUCCUACUCCACCACCAGUUACUAUUCGCGAGCGUCCACCACCAAUGCCAUCUGCUGAAGGUACAACUGUAAUUGAUAAAAUAGUUCCACCUGGACCAAAACCACCACGUCAAGUAAUCAUUGAACAAUAUCCACCAUUACCACCGAAACCUCGAGAUGUUAUUAUUGAACGAUGGCUUCCAUUGGCACCACGACAACGACGUAUUCUUUAUGAACGUUUACCACCUCCUAUUCAACAAGCUACAAGACCAAUUAUUGUUCAAUAUGGUUCACCACAUGUUCGUGUUCAACGUGAAGUUGUUAUGGCACCUGCUACACAACUUCCUUAUCAACAAGUAGCUUGUCAUACGGAUAUCAAUCAACUUUUAAGUCAAAUUGGUGGUAAUCAAGCAGUUUGUUCAACAUUGCCUCCUUCAUCCCUUGUUUCCUAUAAUCCAUAUACAUCAAUACAACCGAAUUGUGGUAUUGUUGGUCAACCUCAACCAAAUAUUGUUAUUUUGCAAAAUGGACAAUCAAGUACAAUGCCAUCAUCAAUUUAUGGCAUGCCACUAACUUGUGUAUGUACACCAAGUCAAAUUUCAGGUUUAGGUGCCUAUGGUUGUGGUGUAUCAACAGUACCAGCUAGUGGUCUAUCAACUGGACAAACGGCAGUCUUCAAUGUACCUGACAAUGUACCCAUUGAUAAUGUUCUUCGUCAACUCGGCAUUGAUCCACAUACUAUACAACGUUCAUCUAAUGCUCCAUUUCCAGAUCCGCAGAGUGCCGUUUCAAACGUGUGGAAUGCAAUUUCCCAUGCAAGCCCAUCAUAUCCAAUGGAUCCUAGAUCCGCAGUAUCACAUGUUUGGAAUGCAGCUUCUCAUGCAAGUCCGCCACAUUCAAUGGACCCUAGGUCCGCAGUAUCACAUGUUUGGAAUGCGGCUUCUCAUGCAAGUCCAUCAUAUCCAACGGACCCUAGGUCUGCAGUAUCGCAUGUUUGGAAUGCAGCUGCCCGUGCAAGUCCAUCAUAUCCAACGGAUCCUAAGUCCGCAGUAUCACAUGUUUGGGAUGCAGCUGUUCAUGCAAAUCCAUCAUUCCCAAUGGAUCCUAGAUCCGCAGUAUCAAAUGUUUGGAAUGCUGCAGCACAUAUGGGUGAUUAUAAUCGACCAACCUCUCCAACCGUAGGACAGGCUUGGGAGAAAAUCGAACAGUAUCUUCGUGGACAGCCUAAUAAUGCAGUUCAAUCUGUAUGGAAUCAAAUGUCCCAUCCAAGUUCAUCACCUCCACAAUCCAUUUAUCCACCAGCACCAAUGCCACCUAACUAUCCACCGCCUCCUACAAAUUAUCCUCCACCAUCAGGAGGAAUGAGUAGUGCUGGAGCAAGUGUUUUAGCUCGUCUUUUCGGUGGAGGUCAAUAA